CGCAGCUAAAUAUCUUCGUGUGUCAUAUCCACCGAGCAUCAUUUCCCAUGUGGUCAAAUACAAUAUCGAAGCAAUUUUAUCAUCCCAUCCGGUUGGCAGUGGACAACUUUAGUGCCAUAUGGAGAGCUGAGCCAAAAGCUGCCAAGAGACGGUCUCUCAGUCUGUGUGUGAUAAGCUUGGUAGUGAAACAAUAGUUAUAACCAUAGUAAUUAUAAUCGCCGUUUUGUGGAAAUAAUGAACAUGUUCAAAAUGUCCAGGGUGGCAUCAUUCCAAAGCCGGUCGAUAAUGAGACAUGUAAUCAUAAAUGCGUCAUGUUUGCUAAUUAUAUUCACGGCUGCCAGUGUCGGAGAGGACAGCCCAAGUGGCAAAUUUCAAUCGAUUCCUGACACCGUUGGCACCGGAAGUGCACCAGACAAUAAGCAGACUUCCAUGGCUGUGCAGCAGAGAGAAGUUUAUGUGAAUAGCCACGAUAAAAGUUUAUCUCUCGUUAAGUCUGAUUACGAUGUCAAGCAUUUCCAGAGCAAACGUGACUCUCGGUUCAGUGCAAAUGUGAGGUGGAAGCGAAGUCCCAGGAACACUAGUACAAACAGCCACUUCAAUAUUCUAAACUUAUCCAACAAAAGUCUCAACGAUGGCCAACGUUUAUCCGAAGAGCUAUCAAAGUACAGCCACAGGCAGACCAAAUUCGAAAUUAGUCACUACUACAACCUCAGUGAUAUUAGUGCGUUAGACCUAUCGAGAAAUAAUCUAUCGGAGGAACUUCCGGAACCAGUGCAAGGAAACUUUUCCAGUUUAUCAUGGCUAGACUUGUCAGAAAAUAACCUCACCGCAACCGUCGCUCUGAAAAUUCCCACACUCAAAUAUUUGAAUCUGUCGAGCAAUCAUCUAAAGUCAUUAUCAACCACCCACCUGCAAGGACUGACUCGGUUGGAUAUUUCCUGCAAUGCCAUCACCAGCAAUUCCACCCGUUUCCCUCUGAUGUUGCGAAAUUUGACCGAUCUGGAUCUCAGCUGCAACAAACUGGAAACCAUAGACAAAAGUUUUUUCUUCCACACUCGUUCACUGCACCGGUUAGAUAUCUCCGAAAACGCAAUCAACCGACUGAAUCGCUCCAUUUUCUACAAUCUUAUCAACCUGGAGCAUCUGAACCUCGCCGGAAAUGGAAUCGAUGUUAUUGAAAAUGACACGUUCUCCUAUCUGCCGAAUCUGCAAUUUCUGGACCUGUCGCGCAAUGACAUCGGACCGGGUUCCAUCCGGGCACUGCAAGGCAUUCCGGCACUGAUUGGCCUCUCGUUAGCGCAGAACCUACGACUCGGACCAGUCAUGCACGAGUUUGUGGCAUCGUGGAGUCUGAAAGAGCUGGACGCUAGCGGAACUGGAUUGUGCCACAUCCCAACGGCACUGGCGCAGUCGGUCAAAUCGCUGAAACUGACCAAUAAUUUGCUGAGCGUGAUACGGAGCGGUGAUUUGGACAGCUACCCCCUUCUACAGCAGUUGAUUCUUUCCGACAAUCUUAUUGCCGAUAUCGAAGAGGAUGCUCUCGGGCGACUGGAGCUAUUAUCGACACUGUUCCUGGACCGCAAUCGAUUGGUUCGAAUUCCGAUUAGCCUCCCAUCCAAUUUAAUACACCUCCAUCUACAGAACAAUGAAAUUUACGAGCUCCAGCCGAAUGUGUUCCGGAAUUUGAAAAAUCUCAAAACUCUCAACCUCGCUGGCAACAAGAUUGCUUAUUUGCCAGAGCUGCCCCUACCGGGAUUGCUAAUCUUGAACGUAAGGCGUAACGAUCUGAAAGGGUUGAGUCAAUCAGUGGUGAAAACGUCCCCUCACCUUAGGGAUUUCCUGCUGGAGAACAAUCCGGUCAAAUGUGCCGACCUACUUGGAAUCGCCGAGUGGGUCAAACCAUGCCGUGAUGAGAUGCUUUUCGAUGAUAGGGACUACCCUGACAACAGCCCCGAUGACAGUGGAAAUGAGUUUGAAAUUUUCGGAAGAUUUACGACCGGACAAAGGCGUCCGAGCUGUUGUCGAGGGGACGGUCCAAGAAGGACGGCUGAGAAAAUGGCGAUGAAAAUCGCUUCAUUCAAAUCGCAGUGCCAAAGCGAAAAUUUAAUUAACCUGAACGCACCAAAUCGCCUUAAAGACGAUCAAACAACCGUGAAGCAUCCAUUAGGGGAUGGUAAAAUGAUUUCAGCGAUAACGAGUCCGAGCACCCCUCCAACCACCACUGCUACAACUGCUGACAUUGGCAUGAUGAAUGAUAAGCUCAGCUCCAUCACCAGCGAGGAGAGUUUAUUAAAGAAUUUAACGACCUCAACCCCGCUGUCUGCACAGCAGCCAACAAUAGCACCAAAAGUUCAUUAUAACGGAACUGGUGAACAAAAUGCCAAGGAGAAGACAAGUUUAAAUGUAAAUUUCGGUGCAGAAAGUUUACGAAAUCUUACAACUGUGGCGCCACCAGUGCCAUCGGAAUUGCGUCCAACAAUUUCGGCACAACUGCAGCUUAAUUUUCAUAAUGAGACGAUUAAAGAUACGAAACAAGACAAAGUGGGAGCAUUGAAGAAAGGCAAAAUCAGUUCGCAGACAAAGAAAGCGGUGGCUAAAAAGACCCAGUCGACCAAAUCCACCUUGAGCCCUAAUCUAGAGAUCCGUGAUAAAUUAGAGAAUAGUUCAAGUGUAAACAAAGUCGUCAAUUUAACGGCAAUAACACCAAUUGUUAACGUUACUGGAAAGGAACGUGACGAAGCGAGUGAUAAGAGCUAUUCCGGUGCAAAAGACCGUCGACAGCCUGAAGCAAUGGAGAAAAAACUCAACAGAAAUAGCUUAAUUCAACCUGAUUCGAUGGCAGAAACGAGUCCCAGCCCGAAACGAGCCACAAGUACGAGUGACAAAUUGAUAGAAAUAACAACGACGGUGAUGACGACAACAGAAUCCUCGUUGUCCGGAUUGUCGUCAUCGUCCCUUCUGAUCCCUUCGUUGACCCCAAUGAUGCCAGCAAAAUAUGAACGUACAGUAGAACAAAAAUGGACCACUUCAACGGCGACAGAGCCAACUGCGAUGACGACGCCUUCCGUUGCAACGACAACGACAAACGUGGUCUCCAUCAACAAUCAAAACAACCCUCGCCAGGAAAGCACCAAACAAACGAACAUCAGUGCUGCUGAACAAAACGUUUCGUCGCCUACUACUCCUCUUCCAGUGAACAGGGAAAGAAAACCCAACAGCCCGGGGAAACCAACCGCGAAAGCUAAAGCUAACUCAACCAAAACACGCAAGAAUGUAAAUCAUAUGAAGAUGAAAUUAAAAUUUAACCACGAUCAACUGCACGAUGAUGAAUUUCGCGACAAUUUUGACACUGACAGCGUAGGUCUGCUGAUGGGUAACAACUUUGGUUACGGCCAUCCUGGUCACGGCCCUGGCAGAAAAAGCAAAUUUUCCAUCUACGACAGCAUCUACAUGACUUCGCUGAAAAAUGCCAACUUCAAACCGUUCCAUCAUUCUAUGCACGUACCAAAUGCGAGCCACUCGGUGCUACCGGGAGCGACUUCCUCCACCAACAAGACAAGCACCAGUAACGCAGACAUUCCUGCCACGUCCGUGGAAACGUCGUCAAAAAUUUUACCACAAGAAUGGAAUGAUGUACGACCAAUGUCAAGUGGUGGCUCUCAUUACGGUCUAUUCAUUGUAGUCGGGGCAACAUUCGGUAUGCUAAUUUCAUUCGGGUUGUUCCAUCUCUAUUAUUGUCGUAUCCGGCGGGGUCAACAUCUGCACAGACAUCACCAUCAUUACCAGGAGUAUCCGCCCCAGCAUAGUGGCAGUGCCGAUGAUAGCGGCAUUGGUAGUCAUAAUUCUGCUCAUCAUCGCUAUUCAUACGCAUUCGAACAGGACGACAGUGACGAGCGUCUAACGUACACUAUUUCAACCUCGGUACUAGACGGACCCGGGGAGGACGGAAGUUCACCGAUUCAUCAUCAACAGCAUCCCCAGCAACAGGAUCGGCGAAGGGAUGUCCUCCAUAUGGACAUACUAAAUCCACUCAAAUCAAAACCUUUGUCACGGAACUCCAGUACCAGCAGUAGUAGUGGCAGUAGUUGUUUCGACAUCGACAGCGGUGCAUCGAACUGUAGUGAGCUGGGUGUGCUCAGGGCGUCGGCAACCGAUGAUUAUUGUGCCGAUAAUCGCAACCACAAUCGAAACGCUCGCAAUAAUCAUAAUAAUUCUGAGCGGAAUCGGUCCACUUGUCGGGACACUGCCAUCGAUAGGUGGUGACGACGAUGACAAAGACGACAACUCCAUUAUUACACGUUUAACGAUGCUUACAGUGUGUUUGAGUGAGAGGGUGAUUUUCAUUAAAAGUACUCCUGAACUCAUUCUUUCUCUCUCCUACUACCGUGUGUUUUUUAUCGUGUCACAGUGGUGCAAAAGACAGGUUAAAUUAUAUUCCCAGUUGAGAACGCAGUAUCAGGUUUUACACCAAUAAUCUUGAAAAAAAAACCUCGCCAACAACAUUCCGCCAAAGUACUCGGUUUA